AUGACGUCAUUGUUAUCGGCUCGAUCUAGGAAACCAAUAGAUGAGGCGGCCAUAACUUGGUGGAAUCUUAAUGAAAAUUCAAAAAAUGCAAGUCCUAAAAGAGUUGAAACGGCAACGAAAUCAACAAAUACAGAAAGUGAAUUUAUUACAAAAAUAAAAGCUAAUCCAAAAGAAAUAGUUCUUCAAAAAUGGAGGGAAAGACAUUCAAAAGCAAAUUACGAACUCGUAAGAAAGGCAGUUAUUAAUUCGAUAAAAGAAAAAAUUCAAAAUACAAAGCAUAGAACUAUCGCUUCUAAUUUAAGUAACAUUAAAGAAGAUAAUGCAAAAACAUUGCCUACUAUUAUAAUAACGAAUGCGGAUGUCGAGGAGACAUCAAAUUUGAAUAUGGACAAAAAGCAGCGAAGGAAUUUGGACUCUGUUUUCGAUGACUUGAGGGUUGAAGGUUUUGAGGGUGAUGGGUUAGACGUCGGUCACGCGAGCAGGUUUCAGAUGGAGCUAGGUAGUGAGGUGGCACAGUAUAGGCCUUUGGCUCGAGACGCUAGGGCGGGCGCGGCGGAAAUACGCGGGCUUCUAGACAUGCCGGUAAGUUUUGUUAACUUUGUAACGUUAUAA